GAGAAUUGGGGGUGUUCAGCCUGGAGAAAGCUCAGAGGAGAUUUAUAGCGACCUUCCAGUAAGUGAAGGGGCUGCAGGAAAGCUGGAGAGGGGCUACUUACAAAGGCUUGUAGUGAUAGGACUAGGGGAGAUGGGUAUAAACUGGAGAGGGGCAGAUUUAGACUAGGAAAUUCUUCACCAUGAGGGUGAUGAGACACUGGCACAGGUUGCCCAGGGAAGGUGUGGCUGCCCCAUCCCUGGAGGUGUUCAAGGCCAGGUUGGAUGGAACCCUGAGCAGCCUGAUCUAGUUGGAGGUGUCCCUGCCCAUGGCAGGAGGGUUGGAACUGGAUGAUAUUUACGGUCCCUUCCAACACGACCCGCUCCGAGGAAGCACUGCUACCCCGCAAACUGACACCGCAGCCCCAGCAUCCCCUGCGGCGGAGGCGCCCUCAGUAAAGAUGGCGGCGCAGCCCCCAGCAUCAUCUGCAGCAGAGGCGCCCUCAGUGAAGAUGGCAGCGCGGCCCCAGCUUCCCCUGCGGCGGGGGGUCCCCCUCAGCAAAAAUGGCGGUGUCCCGCCCACCACCCCACGUGGUGGCGCUGCCAUGGCCGCCCCCAGCGCUGUGUGGCUCGGGGACCCGGAGGAGUGGGUGACGUGCCCUUACGACGCCCAUCACCGCGUCCCGCGGGCGUCGCUGGAGAGGCACGCCGCGUCCUGCCGGCUCCGCAGGAUGGGGUACUCCGCCCAGGAGGAGGCUGAGAUGUAUGACUCCAACUUUUUCUAUGAAAACCUGAAGGUUCCCACUGUCACCAUGGAUAAAGAUCUACAGUUUCACAUUCUUAAACAAGCUAGAGCUCAAAGUGCAAAAGAAGGUACAGGCUACAGUGAAGGAUCUUACUCAUUACUGCCUGUAGAAGUUCCUCAAAAUCACAAGCGUUUCACCUGUGACCUGACUCAAGCCGAUCGCCUUGCUCUUUAUGAUUAUGUUGUUGAGGAAACAAAGAAACAGAGGUCUAGAUCCCAAAUCACAGAAAAUGACAGUGACCUCUUUGUGGAUUUAGCAGCGAAAAUCACCCAAGAUGAUAGUCAGAAAGGUCCAAAGUCACAUCUUGAAAUUCUGGCUGAAAUGCGAGACUACAAAAGGCGGAGGCAGUCAUACAGGGCUAAGAACGUUCAUAUAACAAAGAAGUCGUACACUGAGGUGAUUCGGGAUGUGAUUGGUGUGCAUAUGGAAGAACUCAGCAAUCAUUGGCAGGAGGAGAGUAGGUUGGAUAAUGAAGAGAUAUGUGAAGGAGGGAAGUCAAAUUCUUCAGGAAGGGAAGACAGGCGGUCAGCUUCAGUGGACUCACGGCAGUCUGGAGGAAGCUAUAAGGAUACUGAACGCGCCAGACAUAGGAGAGAGAACAGCAGGAGUCCAAGUAAACGAAAAAGGAGUCAUGAAAGAGGCAAAGACAGAGAUUCUCGGAGGAAAAGAGAGAGGGAUGAAGACAAAUAUCACAGCCAUAAAAGAAGAAAGUAGAAACAAGAACCUGAUUAUUUUGUUUGUCAGCUGUUCAAAAAAUUACUUGCCCAAGAACUAUCUUUACUGCUGUUGUGCCAGGGACUGUAAUGCUAUGCACAUAAUAUUGGUGUUGCAUCACAGCUGUGCUUGGAGGCAGAAGUGAAAUAUUGUUAAGGUUUGUGAGGAUGGAAGCAGUAUAUAUCAGAAAACGUGUAAGUAUGUAAGACUAACACAUCUACUUGUAAAUUAUAUUGAUCUUUCGAGUUUAGUCUGACAAGGCUGAAGAAUGAAAGCUGUGAGAGGUUGUACUGAUUUGCCUUCCUGGCCCAUAGUUAGUGAAUAUAGAACAGAGCUAACCCCUGCUGUCUAGGAUCAACUGCAAGUGAAAAGGCAUGAAGAGAGCUCCCUACCUGGCAUUGUCCCCUCUGGGAGCAGUGUUCCAGAAAGACAGCACUUACUGGCCAGUUACAGCACAUACCAGAGGUGGUAGGUCAGAUCUUGGAGUUCUCCAGCAAGCUAAAAUACCUUCAACUGCAGGCAGUGGUAGGACUAAAACAGAGAAGCUGCUGUUCCCAAGCUCAUGCUCAAAAGACAUUUAGUAUCAAUGUCACCUGGCAAAGAUGAUGAGAAUAUAGCUCUACGCAGAAACUAUUGGGGAGGUACCAGGGACACUUGUGAUAUUACUGAUUGCCAUUUUGAAAUACCAGGUGCAUACACAUUUCCUUCCACAAAUAACCAGGAGGAGUUCACAUCCUGCAGACUAACGUAUAAAUAUUAGUGAUAGGGGCUGGUAAAAGGAGAAGACUUAAGCCAUCCAGGUACAAAGUAAAAGUGUGCAGGAGGGUUGUGCUUAAAUGAUAUUUUUAUUAUAUCAAUUUCUAGUCCUAUUAAUUCCUCACACAGUCUGCUACAGUAUGGUCAGGUCAGUCAUCAUCUGCAAAGCUUGUUACUUCAACGAAGUAAUGAACCACAAAAGAACAAGGUUGCAGAGCAGUCUUUCCUACAGUACUUCUUUCUGUGUUAUGGAGUUGCCAGGAGAGGGCAGUCAAUAUGCUCUGGUACUGAAAUCUCUCCAGUUUUACUGUAUCCUAAUCCUUGUCUCAAUUUUUGCAAUUAAGUGUGAUUAUCUGUCACUAAAUACUUAGUCUAGUUCUGAUUGAUUUAGACUUCUUUCCACUCUACAGCUCUUCAACUCAAAACCAGACUGAAUUAUCUGUUGGGCAUUUCCGCACUUAUGUGACAAAUGCAGUAGCUUUUCCUGUGAGAAAAUAAGAUAUAUUUUAAAACAGAUCCUUAAACAGAAAAGUCAAUCUAAGAAUGGAAGAGGCUAUCUGAGUUCUGAAAGGGUCCUAAUAAGAAAGAAAACAAUAAGGAAUCAUUGCAUGCUUUCUCAAGUUGAUGUUUCUUGCAGCAGCUCAGACAGAGGGUUUUUCGUGUUGAAUAAGGCUUGGUAAAACUACUCCUUCGAUAGAGCUUAUUCAUUCAGACAUGGUAGCCAAAAGCCAAGUUCUCUUUGUAUAAGUCAAAAAAGUCAGUGCUAUCCAGAAGUUUAAUGAGAAAUUCACUAACUACAGCUGUCCAGUCUUCUCUAAACUGAAUUGUAUUUUUCUACUUUUCUUACAAUCACUUAUGAAGUAUAGGUAGGAACAUCCGUAACAAAAUACGUUUUACUCAGUACAAAGAAAUGAGUGAAGGUAUCGCUCCUUAGGUGUGAGCAUC